CAAUCAGCUGUUUAUUAACCUAAAAAAGUAAAAGUUGAGAAAUCGAAAUAAAUAAACAUUACAUAUUAUAACAUAUUAAUAUCCAAAAUGCGAUAUCUAUCACAAAUAUUUCAACCUGUUAUCACAAUACCAAGGGAUGCGGUCAUUAAAAAUACUGAAAUAACUUGUAAAAGUCAAAAACUUCUCUUAGAAUGUGGUCUAGUCCGACCGACCAGUGCUGGAUUCUUUACGUUACUGCCUUUAGCUCGGAGAGUAGUUAAUAAACUGGAAAAUUUGGUAAAUCAAUGUAUGGAGGAAAUUGGAGCUCAAAGGAUGUCUUUACCAUCAUUAACUGCUUCUAAACUGUGGGAAAAGACUGGUAGAUUACAAGAUGUUGGCGUGGAGUUGCUAAAAGUCGAAGAUAGACAUGGAAAAAAGUAUUUAUUGUCACCUACACAUGAAGAAGCGAUGGCAGAUCUAUUAGCAGAUAUUGGACCGUUAUCUUACAAACAAUUACCACUACUGUUAUAUCAAAUAAGCAACAAAUUCCGUGAUGAACCUCGUCCGAAGCACGGCCUCCUGCGUUCCAGAGAGUUCUCUAUGUUAGACGCGUACGGCGCGCAUACAACACCCGCGUGUGCGAGCGAGACAUACGAUAGAGUGACAAGCGCGUAUAGAAAACUGUUUGACAUAUUACAACUACCAAUACACAGGGUGUCAGCCCCGAGUGGUGCCAUGGGUGGCACUCUCUCACACGAGUGGCAACUACCCGCUGAUGCUGGAGAGGAUAUCCUCGCGGUGUGUCAUAAGUGUGAUAGUAUCGCUCGUGCACACAACGAGAGUAAAGUCUGUGAUAAAUGUGCGAGUGAGACGCAAUAUGUUAACAGUAUUGAGGUGGGGCACACGUUCGUGCUGGGCGCGCGGUACAGCGCCGCGCUGGGCGCGCACUACACCGCGCGGGACUCCACGCCUACGCCCAUAUUUAUGUCCUGCUACGGGAUUGGAAUAACCAGGUUGCUAGCGGCCAGUGUGGAGGUUUUAGCUAACGACAAAGCACUUCGUUGGCCGGACGCCAUCGCUCCAUACAAACUUCUUAUAAUUGGACCUAAGGAGGGUUCUAAAGAAUGGUCUAUGCACGGCUGGGAGGAGGUGCAGACCCUGGGCCAGGAGUUGGAGGCAGCCGGGCUGGCGGGGGAGGUGCUGCUGGAUGACAAGCAUAGUCAUACAAUUGGCAGGCGGAUGAAGGCCGCUGACAGAAUGGGUUAUCCGAUGAUAGUAGUCUGCGGCCGCUCGACGACAGAAAAUCCACCUAAAUACGAACUGUAUGUAAGCAAAGGUGUCGGCUACACGAAGCCAGUCUUACUGGCACGCACUGAACUUAUUACUGAAGUGGCAAGGAUUGCUGGAAAUGGUAACAUUGAUGUAACUGUCAAAGAUAGCAAGGAAAAACAUGUGGUUGAAAAUUAAAAUGCUUGCACCAAAUAA